AUGUAUCAUAUAUUGAGGCUAGAAGAAAGGUUAAAGGCAAUAAACUGUCCGAUGAUCCAAGCCUUCAAGAACCUGUCAAUCAACAAUCGACUCAGCAUACCACUCCUAAUCUUAGCGGUGACAUCUGUCACGUUCCCGUCGCAAGGGCAUAACUCCUCACUGGUAAAAAUCAAAAUCCUGCAAUGGAAUUUUAGAGGAAUACAAAGUAAACUGCCAGACCUGCAACUAUUGGCAGAAAAAUAUAAUAUCUUCUGUAUACAAGAAACUCUCCUUUCGGAGGUGAGUAGAAUAAGCGUUAGAGGCUUCUAUGCUCUAAGGUAUGAUAUUGUGAACCCGGGACUAUGCGGCAUUUGCUUCCUUCUAAGAUCAAAUAUCAAAGCAACCUCUGUACAGCUACCCUUUAUACUACAUCAUUCUAUUAAGGCGGCUGCCAUUACUCUAUUGUUCCAAGACAGCGAGUUACUCGUGCUCAAUGUUUACAGACACUCCAACAACGACACCCCAGCACACGCACUUAAUGAUAUAUUUAACUUUGCAUCCGGUUACAAAUAUGCACUCAUAGUGGGAGAUCUAAAUGCGCAUCACCGCCUUUGUGGCUGUGCACGCAAUGACAACAUUGGCAACCGACUGGCAUCUCGCAUCGAGUCGCACAACUAUCUCAUACUCAACGACUUUACAAGUACGCGCUUUAAUCCAAAUACCAACAGCGGCUCCAUCAUCGACCUCGCCCUCGCGUCUUUGGACCUUGCUGGCGUCUGCUGUUUGCGCACUCUGGACGAUCCCAUGGCCAACGAUCAUUAUCCAAUCGAAACUAUUAUCAACGGAACAGCGGCCAAAGUCAAGCGUUUUGCAUAUAAACUAAAACUAAGCGACAUUCAACUCUGCGAACUCAGCAUCAAAUUGGAGAAAAGUCAGGAAUCUUCCAUCAUAAGGAAUCUUCCGAUAACGAACUGGAGGACUAUGAGAACGUGGUAGACUACA